UCCUGUGGGGAGGAGACGGACCCUGCAGGGACUGGGGGAAGUAGGAUUCAACUGGGGGCUGGGAGGGAAGGAAACAGCUAAAAGAGAAAUACCAUGGAGGCUGCUUCUCCCCAGGACGAGGGGAGAAAGAGGCAACAGAAGGAGAAGUCCAAGAAGCCGGUGCCACCCGUAGCUCCCAGGCCAGCCAGAGCUCUGUUCUGCUUAACCCUGCAGAACCCCCUGAGGAAGGCAUGCAUCAGCAUCGUGGAGUGGAAGCCCUUUGAGAUCAUCAUCCUCCUGACCAUCUUUGCCAACUGUGUUGCCCUGGCCAUCUACCUGCCAAUGCCUGAGGAUGACACCAACGUUGCCAACUCCAGCCUGGAGAAGAUGGAAUAUGCCUUCCUCAUCUUCUUUGCUAUCGAGGCGAUGCUCAAGAUCAUUGCCUAUGGGUUUCUUUUCCACACCGACGCCUAUCUCCGGAAUGGCUGGAAUGUGCUCGACUUCUCCAUCGUGUCCCUAGGGCUGAUCACCAUGACCCUGGAGCAGGUCAAUGCCAGGCAGGCAGGGACUUCAGGGGGCAAAGGAGGCUUUGAUGUGAAGGCCCUGAGAGCAUUUCGUGUGCUGAGACCUCUGCGCCUGGUGUCUGGAGUCCCAAGCCUUCAGGUCGUCCUCAACUCCAUCAUCAAGGCCAUGGUGCCCCUGCUCCAUAUCGCCCUGCUGGUCCUCUUCAUGAUCAUCAUCUAUGCCAUUGUGGGGCAGGAGCUCUUCAAGGGCAGGAUGCACAAGACCUGCUACUACCUUGGGACAGAUGUGAUUGCCACGGUGGCAUCAGAGAAGCCAGCACCCUGCACCAGCUCUGGCCACGGCCGGCACUGCACCAGGAACGGCACCGAGUGCCGAGGCGGCUGGGCAGGGCCCAACAACGGCAUCACCCACUUUGAUAACUUUGGCUUUGCCAUGCUGACUGUCUAUCAGUGCAUCACCAUGGAGGGAUGGACAGAAGUCCUCUACUGGGUGAAUGAUGCCAUGGGGAAUGAAUGGCCCUGGAUCUACUUCGUCAGUCUUAUCUUGCUUGGGUCCUUCUUCAUUCUCAACCUGGUGCUGGGGGUGCUCAGUGGUGAGUUCACCAAGGAACGGGAGAAGGCCAAGUCACGGGGAACCUUUCAGAAGCUGCGGGAGAAGCAGCAGCUGGAGGAGGAUCUGAAGGGCUACAUGGACUGGAUCACCCAAGCAGAGGUCAUGGACAGUGAGAGGACCAGAGGAGAAGGUAUGAUGACAUCAGAUGAAGGAGGCUCAGAAACAGAGAGCUUGUAUGAAAUUGAGGGCAUGAACAAGUGGAUUCUAUACUUCCGGCAGUGGAGGCGUUGGAACCGAAUGUUUCGGAGGAAGUGCAGAGAUGUGGUGAAGUCCAAGUUCUUCUACUGGCUUGUCAUCCUGCUCGUGGCACUGAACACCCUCUCCAUUGCCUCUGAGCACCAUUUCCAGCCAGAAUGGCUGACACAGGUGCAAGACAAUGCCAACCGGGUGCUGCUGGCUCUGUUUGUGGCUGAGAUGCUGCUCAAGAUGUACGCCCUGGGCCUGCGCCAGUACUUCAUGUCCCUCUUCGACCGCUUCGACUGCUUCGUGGUGUGCUCAGGGAUUCUGGAGACCAUCCUGGUGGAGCUUGGCACCUUGUCACCCCUGGGCAUCUCCGUGCUGCGCUGCAUCCGCCUGCUCCGCAUCUUCAAGAUCACCAGGUACUGGACAUCCCUGAGCAACCUGGUGGCUUCCCUGCUCAACUCAGUCCGCUCCAUUGCCUCUUUGCUCCUUCUCCUCUUCCUCUUCAUCAUUGUCUUUGCACUGCUGGGCAUGCAGCUCUUUGGAGGAAAGUUUGAUUUUGAGGACAUGGAAGUGAGGCGCAGCACGUUUGACAACUUCCCCCAGGCCCUCAUCAGUGUUUUUCAGAUCCUGACUGGAGAGGACUGGAAUUCAAUCAUGUAUGAUGGUAUCAUGGCCUAUGGAGGGCCAUCCUUCCCUGGCAUGCUGGUCUGCAUCUACUUCAUCAUCCUCUUUGUUUGUGGAAACUACAUCCUCCUGAACGUCUUCCUGGCCAUUGCAGUUGAUAACCUGGCUGAGGCUGAGAGCCUGACCCUGGCCCAGAAGGCCAAAGCAGAGGAACGCAAGCGGAGGAAGAUGUCCAGAGGUUACCCAGAGAAGUCUGAAGAGGAGAAACAGAUGUUGGCAAAGAAGCUUGAGCAGAAAACAAAGGGAGAAGGGAUUCCCACAACAGCCAAGUUAAAAGUGGAUGAAUUUGAAUCCAAUGUCAAUGAGAUCAAAGACCCCUACCCUUCUGCAGAUUUCCCAGGUGAUGAUGAGGAAGAUGAGCCUGAAAUCCCUCUGAGUCCCCGGCCACGUCCACUUGCAGAGCUGCAGCUGAAGGAGAAGGCUGUGCCAAUGCCUGAAGCCAGCUCAUUCUUCAUCUUCAGCCCAACCAACAAGUUUCGGAUGCUGUGCCACAGAACUGUAAAUGCCACCUGGUUCACCAACUUCAUCCUGCUCUUCAUUCUGCUCAGCAGCAUCUCUCUGGCAGCUGAGGAUCCCAUCCGUGCCGAGUCCUUCCGUAACCAGGUUCUUGGAUACUUUGACUAUGGUUUCACCUCUGUCUUUACAGUGGAAAUCAUCCUAAAGAUGACAACCUACGGUGCUUUCCUGCACAAAGGCUCCUUCUGCAGGAAUUCUUUCAACAUCCUUGACUUGCUGGUGGUCGCUGUCUCGCUCAUCUCCAUGGGAUUCGAGUCCAGUACCAUCUCCGUGGUGAAGAUCCUCCGGGUGCUGAGGGUGCUUAGACCUCUGCGAGCCAUUAACAGGGCAAAAGGGCUGAAGCACGUGGUCCAGUGUGUUUUUGUGGCCAUCAAGACCAUUGGUAACAUUGUGGUGGUAACAACUCUGCUGCAGUUCAUGUUUGCCUGCAUCGGGGUCCAGCUCUUCAAGGGCAAGUUCUACAGAUGUACAGACCCAUCCAAGAUGACAGAGAAGGAGUGCAGGGGUUAUUUUAUCAACUACGUGGAUGGGGACCCCACGCAGAUUGAGCUCCAGGAACGGAACUGGGUACACAGCAGCUUCCACUUUGACAACGUCUUCUCAGCCAUGAUGUCACUUUUCACUGUCUCCACCUUUGAGGGAUGGCCAGAGCUGCUGUACAUGGCCAUUGACACUAAUGCUGAGGACUCAGGACCUAUCUACAACUACCGGGUGGAGAUUGCAAUGUUCUUCAUCAUCUACAUCAUCCUCAUUGCCUUCUUCAUGAUGAACAUCUUCGUGGGCUUUGUCAUUGUCACCUUCCAGGAGCAGGGGGAAAACGAGUAUAAGAACUGUGAGCUGGACAAGAACCAGCGCCAGUGUGUGCAGUAUGCCCUGAAGGCUCGGCCCCUGCAGCGCUACAUCCCCAAGAACCCCUACCAGUACCAGAUCUGGUACGUGGUCACCUCCUCCUACUUUGAGUACCUCAUGUUCUUUCUGAUCCUGCUGAACACCAUCUGCCUGGGCAUGCAGCAUUACAACCAGUCUGCAGAAAUGAACCACAUCUCAGACAUCCUCAAUGUGGCUUUCACCAUCCUCUUCACCCUGGAGAUGAUCCUCAAGCUCAUGGCCUUUAAAGCAAAGGGCUACUUUGGGGACCCCUGGAACGUCUUUGACUUCCUCAUAGUGAUUGGCAGCAUCAUUGAUGUCAUCCUCAGUGAGAUUGAUACUGUUCUUGCAUCCAGAGGUGGAUUGUACUGCCUGGGCGGAGGCUGUGAUGGGAUUGACUCUGAUGACAACUCCCGUGUCUCCAUCACCUUCUUCCGCCUAUUCCGGGUCAUGAGGUUGGUGAAGCUGCUGAGCAGGGGAGAAGGGGUCAGGACCCUCCUGUGGACCUUCAUCAAGUCCUUCCAGGCCCUGCCCUACGUAGCUCUCCUGAUUGUGAUGCUCUUUUUCAUCUAUGCUGUGAUUGGGAUGCAGAUGUUUGGGAAGAUUGCCAUGGUGGAUGGGACCCAGAUAAACCGAAACAACAACUUCCAAACCUUUCCACAAGCUGUGCUCCUGCUCUUCAGGUGUGCAACUGGUGAGGCUUGGCAGGAGAUCAUGCUGGGCUGCAGCUAUGGCAAACUGUGUGACCCUGAGUCAGACUAUGCUGAGGGAGAGGAGUUCACCUGUGGCACGGGCUUUGCCUACUUCUACUUCAUCAGCUUCUACAUGCUCUGUGCUUUCCUGAUUAUUAACCUCUUUGUGGCUGUCAUCAUGGAUAACUUUGAUUACCUCACACGGGACUGGUCCAUACUGGGGCCUCACCACCUGGAUGAGUUCAAACGGAUCUGGGCUGAGUACGACCCCGAGGCCAAGGGCAGAAUCAAACACUUGGAUGUAGUGACUCUGCUGAGACGUAUCCAGCCCCCUCUGGGCUUUGGGAAGUUCUGCCCACACCGUGUGGCUUGCAAGCGUCUGGUGUGCAUGAACAUGCCUCUGAACAGUGAUGGCACUGUCACCUUCAAUGCAACCCUCUUUGCACUGGUCAGGACAGCCCUCAAGAUCAAGACAGAAGGGAACUUUGAGCAAGCAAAUGAGGAGCUCAGAGCCAUUAUCAAAAAAAUCUGGAAGCGAACAAGUAUGAAGCUUUUGGACCAGGUCAUCCCACCUAUUGGAGAUGAUGAGGUGACAGUGGGCAAAUUCUAUGCAACUUUCCUCAUUCAAGAGCAUUUCAGGAAGUUCAUGAAGCGCCAGGAAGAGUAUUAUGGGUACCGUCCCAAGAAGAACCCAGUGGAGAUCCAGGCUGGGCUGAGAAGCAUUGAAGAAGAAGCUGCUCCUGAAAUCCACCGGGCAAUUUCUGGGGACCUGACUGCUGAAGAGGAGCUGGAAAGAGCAAUGGUGGAGGCUGCCAUAGAGGAAGGGAUAUACAGGAGGACAGGGGGCUUGUUUGGCCAGGUCGACAGCUUCCUGGAGCCCAGCAGCCCCCUGCAGCCCCAGGUGGCCAGCCAGAGACCCCUGCAAUUCACAGAGGUGGGCAGUGAGGACCUCGAUUCCCCUGUCUUCCUUGAUGACUUCCCCCAGGAGGGCAACACCAACAUCAACAAUGCCAACAGCAACAACAACUGGCUGGAGAGGAUGGAGUACGAGGAUGAGAUGCUGAGGAAGACAGUGUCAGCAGCACCCUGGCUUCCAGCAUGGCAGUACAACCACCCCUUGCCCAUGGAGAUGCUGCGACGGAGGCCUGGCAGGAGGCAAGGGGCCACCCCUGAGGGUUCCCCAUCACCAUGGCUCCACCAUCUCCCCCAGGAGCUGCCUGCAGAGGAUGGCUCUGUGACAGGAACAGCAUUCAGCUCGAGGUACCAGCAGGAUGAAAGCAGCAAGCCAAGCACAUCCUCCACCCCAGCUAUCACCUUCCUCAUUCAGGAGGCUCUGAUCUCUGGGGGCCUUGAGGCUCUGGCCCAUGAUCCAUCCUUCGUAGCAGUGACCAGGGACGAGAUGGCAGCCAGCAGCCAGCUGGAGACAAAUGACAUGGAAAAAGCAGCUGUGGAGCUGUUAAAGGGAAGAGGAACACAGCAGGGCACAAAAACUUGCUCUGCCCCCCAGGACACCUCAACAGCAUCACCAUCCACUUCCCCAGGGCUUGGCUCAGCCCCCUCCCAAAAGUCUGUCGCUACCACUCACCUCUGAGCUUCCAGCCAAUGCAGCCCAGCAGGCACCAUUCCUUGAGGAGCUUGCAGAGAGCUACUGGGGUUAUCCUGCCCAGCUGACUGGGGUUCUGGUGGGCUCUGUCCAGCUGGAGGAGGAUUUUUGGCCAUCUCUCCAGGGUACUGGGGCAGGACAGGGCCAUGCUGUACCAACAGGGUCUUGCAAGAGCUGGACAGGUCAUUAAAGAGUUCCUGCUGUGUGACUC